AUGUUCUCGUUGAAGAAGCUGUCGUUGGCGAAAGUUGAGGAAAAACCUGAAGUAAAUGGUGUGACGAAAGAAAUUGCGGAUGUGCACGAUAAGGAACUGCCGCCUACCCCUAUUGAAAAGGUGCCUCCAUCUCCUAAAGAAUUAGAGUAUUGCGUGCCGCCGGAUAACGAGAGUAACAGGAGUGUUGCUCCUAGUGUGGAUAGCCUAGGGGCAAAUUCGUCUCCAUUUGAUCAGUUUGAAACGGUGGUUGAAGUGGCAGAGCUUCCGGAAAAUAUCAGUGAUACAAUUGAGCUGGGUGGGUUUUCUCAGCUUACUUGUUGGUAUAGCCUAGCCCUUUCUUUUGAUUCUUUUGUUUAACA